CGACCUCCAAGCAAGGUCAUCAGGGUUCCUCGCGAACUUCGUCCAAACACCCAUUAUGGUACCUUGAACAAUCUUGUGAAGGCCUGGGAAGCCGAGGCCGAAUGCCGAAUUAUUCCAAAAUUCGAUCGGGGUCAGAUCUCGGAGUUUGGUCUACACGGGUCUGGCGCUCAGGUUGAUGCUGGAAUCCGGACCAUCAACAAGUGGAUUGAGAAAGCCUGCAGUAAAACGCAGAAAUCGUCUUCCUGGGCUAAGACUACAACAUUCCACCCGAAUGAGUGGUACUAUGGCGAACUUGACAAAAUGGAGAUGGAGAGGAAGCAUGUUUUCAAACAGCUUGUACCUGACUGCGAGCCCCCACAUCGCAUCAGCAUGGACUGGCCGAAGGAUCUUACUGAAGCAAACAUCACGCCCCAGAUCUGCUUCGGCAACAAGCUGGACAGUCUGAACCCCAUUCGCGUCAAUGAUGAGGUGUGGAUCUCCUGCCGCUCUGUACCUCCGGGUCGUUUCGCUAUAGAUAUCCAAGGCUUCGAGCAAGAGCAUGUGGAAAUCGCCCAAGAGCACUUCGAAAACAUGGUUGCGAAUGCCCGAUCAAGGCAGCUAAUGGGUCUCAUGAUCUUGAACGUGAUUCUUGAUAGCAAGGAAGGAACAGAAGUUAUUCUCGAAGACCCAGCAGCCCAAGCAUGGUGGCCUUCCAAAGAUGGCAAAGUGGUUCCGCGCCUUCUUACGACGCCGUUGGAUAUGGGAGACUUCCGUACCACGGUGCUGCAUCCAAUGCAAAUCGUAGAGAUCCAAAAAUUCGUUCACCAGUCCCUUACGCUUAUUCGAUGCCAACGAGGAACGUAUAGUAUGAAGAUCAACUUUGGUUGUGUCGCCUUAGGUGGGGAAAAAUUGCCAGCAAUUGGAACCAAGCAUCCUUUGGCCAGUUUUGUCAAAGGCAUAAACGGGCCAGCAGAGGUGAUGCCAAAGAAAUGGCUUUACGAUUCCAAAGAUGGACAAGAUCUACUAGCGAGGUUCAGAUCCUCGAAAGAUCUCCUGGAGCCUGUCAAGAGCAUCUCUUCACCUUUUGGGACUCAACCAGAAGCCUUGGAAGAUAUCCGUCCGGUAUUCCGGGGCACAUGGUAUAUCGUGGACCCAAAUGAAGGCCCACCGAGGCCCGCUGCAGCACGCAACACCGGCAACAAGACUACUCAGAAGCCUGCAGUUCCUAAACUAGUAGUUGUUCGCAUCGAAUGGUCUGAGGAUGAGGACGGCGAAUACGAAAAGAUGACUCCCUGCUACUACCAAAUCAAGGACGGCGCAACAGAGCCACAGGAGCACAUGGAUAUUAACCUCUUCGAAUUAGGCCAGAGCAGAUUGUGGCGUUUUUCUCUUGACUCGAUGGAUCUGCUGUCGAAGCAAACUGUUUCUCCAGUCAUUAUUGCAUUCGCUGAAAGCGUCUCCAUGAAGUCAAACUACGACAUAUCCUCCGAGGGCGCCUUUGCUACCUGGCGUACUUCCCCCAGUGUAUAUUUAUACGAUGGGUGUUACAUGGAGAAGGUCUACACAUACGGGAUCAGGGGAUCUGAAUACAGGGUGGACGCACGGCAGAUGUGGUUUUCCCAUCAAUCCAAGCCUUGCUGGGGAGUGACCGUUCGCCAUCGAGAUUGGGAGACGCUCUUGAAUCAGCUAGAACGACUGCCUACUGGACAUGGGGCUGACUGGAAAAGAGACACAGCGGUAGAAACCUUUUUCCCGGAC